AUGUCGGGAUCAGGAAGCAGUAAGGUGACAGUCAUUGGUCCAGAGCAGCACUUCUCAGUUGCUGCAGCAACUGGCCACACAGUAGUGCUGGUAGACCAGGCAGAGGACAUCCUGGCAAAAUCUAAAAAGGGGAUUGAGGAAAGCCUUAAGAAAAUGGCCAAGAAGAAGUUUGCAGACAACCCACAGGCCGCCGAGGAGUUUGUUGGGAAGACCCUGAACAGCAUCUCGACCAGCAUGGACGCUGCGUCUGUGGUCCACAGCACAGACCUGGUGGUGGAGGCCAUCGUGGAGAACCUGAAGGUGAAGAACGAGCUCUUCGCCAGGCUGGACAAGUUCGCUGCCGAACAUACAAUUUUUGCCAGCAACACUUCCUCUUUGCAAAUCACAAGCAUAGCCAAUGCCACCACCAGACAAGACCGGUUUGCCGGGCUCCACUUCUUCAACCCAGUGCCCCUCAUGAAGCUUGUGGAGGUCAUUAAAACCCCCAUGACCAGCCAGAAGACGUUUGAAUCUCUGAUAGACUUUAGCAAAACCCUGGGAAAGCAUCCUGUUUCUUGCAAGGACACUCCCGGGUUUAUUGUCAACCGUCUGCUGGUGCCGUACCUCAUGGAAGCAAUCAAGCUGUAUGAACGAGGGGAUGCGUCCAAGGAGGACAUCGACACUGCCAUGAAGCUGGGAGCUGGCUACCCCAUGGGCCCUUUCGAACUGAUUGACUACGUUGGACUGGACACCACCAAGUUUAUUAUGGACGGGUGGCAAGAAAUUGAUGCAAAGAACCCCUUGUUUCAGCCCAGCCCGAUCUUGAAUCAGCUGGUAGCAGAGAAGAAGUUGGGCAAGAAGACUGGAGAAGGGUUUUACAAAUACAAAUGAUCGCUCCGGGAAGCACCCACGGAAGCGUGUGCCAGCCAGCUGCCCAAAGGACCGCGGGAACGCACACUGGUCAGAGGCUCCCGCGCCGCACCGCCUGCUCACUGCGCAUUUUUAUUGUAAUCUUUCUGAAGUAAUCAUGUCCACUAGUUACAGGAAUAACAGAGCCCUUCCUUGAGACUAAUUCCCUUUUUUAUUCUGUUCAUUUUGGAGUUGUUCUUAAAAAGCUUUGUACCCUUGGUGCCUUGGGACAGACAUUUCUUUCGAAUCUUUUCCUUUCGGUAAAGAAUUGUCUGGACUCCUUCCCUUGUGCAGGGAAAGGCCUCCUCUGGGCCCCCAGCUGUCUUGAGGGAGAGUCGUGAGCCAUCCAGAUGCCGUUUGCCUGUGACUCGUGUCUGAGAACAGGGCGACCUAGAGCCGCGAGCCUUUCCCUACAGCGCCUCACCCCGAGGCGGCUGGUGGGAGCACCUGCACGUGCUGGGUUUGCACGGAGUCGCCUUCUCGGGCACUCACCCCUGCCAUCUGGAUGACUGCUGUCUGUCUGCUCUGUCUUAACAAAUCAGUGUAUCCCACACUGCCUACAAAUUGGCUUUGAUAAAAUGUAAGCUUCUAUAAAAACUGAAAAUAAAAUGUGUAUGAUUUUA